AAUUUUUCAUUACAGGUAUUUGAAAAUGUUACCAUUUUAUUUAGUGAUGUUGUGGGGUUUACAACAAUUUGCAGCAGGAUAAGUCCUAUGGAGGUUGUAUGUUUGCUUAACGCUAUGUACACUAAAUUUGAUCAACUAAGUGAAAAACAUAAUGUUUAUAAGGUUGAAACAAUUGGAGAUGCAUACAUGGGAGUAUCUGGAGCGCCCAUAGUCAAUGCACAGCACGCCAUUUACGUUUGUAAUAUGGCGCUUGAUAUGGUCAAUUCUAUUAAACACUUGAUAGACCCGUCUACUGGUGGAAAUGUGCAAAUACGCAUAGGUAUGUAUAAAACUAAAAUUCCAGAACAAAAACAUCCAAUUAUAUUGCCAUCUGGGCAUACAUUUGUGAAGUUGUUGAUUCAAAGUAUCCACAGCGGGGCAGUUGUAGCAGGCGUCGUUGGUAUUAAGAUGCCUCGUUACUGUUUGUUUGGUGAAACAGUGACCACAGCUGCAAAAAUGGAGACAACUGGUGAGGUAUGUUACAUUAUAAUUUUUGAAAAUAACUCUUUUAUUUUCAAUAUUUUCACUAUUAACUCCCCCACUAACACAACAGAAAUAAACUAG